AUGUUCCAUUUUUUGAUUUUGUUGAUGAAUAUUACAUAGAGUGUUCCCGUCACAGAAUUUAUGGAAGGUGCAUCAAGUUCAAAUGCAUAAUGGAAAAAACAAGAUUCCACACCAUUUAAUGAUUAAUUUCAUUGUGACGGUGGAUAGUUGAUAGGCCCUUUUAUUGGAAAAGUCUAGACGAAUAUUUAAAAUACAAUUACCAAUCUUGAACCCCAUUUUUAAUUAUACAUUACCUUAGACAUCGUAUACACAGAAUAUUGGUCUGGAAUAUCAAAUUAUGUUAAUCUAUUAAUAGAUUAAUAAGUAAUUUACUCUGAAACAUCUAUAAACUCUGCAAAUUUCAACGCUCCUAAUAAUUAUUGCAAGGCAAAUUCAUUUUAUACUUUUUUGUAUAAUUAAUAAUUGAUAACUAUAAGAUAAAAGAUAAAUAAUCAAAAUAUAAGUCCAUCUUUAGAAGUUUAAUCCAGUUUCUAGUGCACUUUAUUAUCAACAUACUCAGUUUGUGAAAAACUACUAGUGAAAAAUAUAGUUGUCACUCCCAGUGCAUGUGAUUUUACUUGUCUUACGUGUGAUGGCCCAGAUAAUAAUAAUUGUCUUACAUGCCCUUAAGGAACAACAAAAAAUGGAAAAUGUUCAUGCUAAAACGGAUAUUAUGCUUAUAGUCAUUAAUGCCUUUAAACAUGCCCCUAAUAUUAUAAAGGCUUGGGUAAAGAAUGUAGUUUGAAUUGUUCAUUAAAUUGCUCAGAUUGUAGAGGUUAAUGUAGACUUUGUGAAAGUGGUUAUAUAUUUUAUAAUGGGUAAUGUGUCAGCAGUUGCCCUAAGGGUAGUUCAUAAAAAAAUGGUAAUUGUGUUGAUUAUUCGGAUUAAUCAAACUUUGGUUCUGAGUUUAUAGGAAAGUAUUUUUAUGGCUUAGAAAUUGAUCUUGAAAGCCAAAUUAAUUAAUUUACAUUUACUUUUAAUCCUGCCUUAUCAAAAUUAACAGGACAAAUAUUUUCAACUUACAAUAAUUAGUAUCUAUUAGGAGGGUUUGGUGUUUGGAGUGAAGGAUACUUCAAUAUAAUUUAUAACGGACUUGCUAAGCAUGAGUAUAUAAGAAUUUAUUUAACUGCAUGGUUUAUUGAUAAUUGGACAGAUGAGCAUUUUAUUAUAAAAUUGGAUAACCAAAUAAUACAUGAUGUCUCCUAUUAAUCAUAAAAGGCAACCUCUAAUUUAUUUUAUUAGAGCACUAAUGAUUAUAUUGAAGAAAUUAAUGUGAAUGUUUAACAUACAUCAAGUUCAGCUUAGAUAACCUUUUAAACAACAUUAUCAACUUCUGCUUAUUAAGCUAGUUUAGCCUUAAGUAAUAUAUUUAUUUUAAUCGAUUAUUGCGAUCCUUAAUGUGAUGUUUGUUAAUCUACGUAAUGUACUUAAUGUAAAAAUCCAUAUUAAUUAAUUAAUAAUUAAUGUGCUUUUUGCGAUUCUUCUAAUUUUAGGAAUAAUGAUUGUACUUGUUAAAAUGGCUAUUAUGAUGAUCAUAUUAAUUAUUAAUGUUAAUUAUGCAAAUAUGAAUGCGAAACAUGCAUCGAUGCUAAUUCUUGCACUCAAUGUAAAUUAGGAUCUAAUUUAAUUACAUUGCCUAAUUGUAUGAAUUGUAAUUAAGGAUAUUAUUUUGAUAAUGGAAUUUGUUCUAAUUGCGAUUAAAAUUGUUUAACUUGUUUUGGGAGUGGAUAGUCUUAAUGCUUAUCAUGCAAAAAUGAUUAUAUUUUGAAUAAAUUUAAUUAAUGUCAAAGUUGCAUGUCAAAUUAAUUUAGUUAUAAUAAUUCUUGCUAGGAUUGCUAAUACAAUUGUGAAACUUGUAAAGAUCUAUAGAAUUGUCUAACUUGCAAGACAGGAAGGAUAAAUGCUCCUUUGUGUACAUGUCAAAAAGGAUAUUAUGAAAGUAAUCAAAAGGAAUGUUUACCAUGCAAUUAUGCAUGUUUAACUUGCGAAACUCUAAGCGAUAAUUGUUCCGCUUGUUCAGGCAAUCGAAUAAAUCCUCCAUUAUGUAAAUGUCCUGAUGGCCUCGAUUAGGAUGAUAAUUCUGCUUGGUGUACAGACUGCUAUAAUGUUAAUCUGGAUAUUAAAAUGAGUAGCAACAGCAACAAAUUAAUGAUAAAAUUUAGUAAAAAAAUAGAAAAAAUUAAUUCUUAAUGCACAUCACUGUUUGAGGAAUCUACUCUCAAUUAUUUAGGAAUUAAUCCAAUUUGUUUUGUUAAUUCAUAUUCGAUAGAUAUCCUUUUAGGUUAAAAUUCAACUAUUUAUUUUGGUCAGUCCAUCAUGUUUAAACCUUCUAUUAUUAAAUUACAAGAAUGCCAAAAGUCAGUCACUCAUUUUAUAAAUAAUAUUUUAUAUCAUACAACAGAUUUGGAAGUUCCUUUAAUAUUAUUCUCAAGAAACUCGGUUUUAUUAUCAGCUUGCUCUAACACUUCAGAUAAAAUCUAAUAAAUCUACACUUAUAAUUUUGGAAAUAGCCAAAUAACUUUUAUUGAAUGGAAAUUAAUUAGAAUUUAAAAACAAGAUCCUAAAAUUAGUGAAUUUUUAGAUACUCUAACAAAUUAAUUUAAGAACUAUGGUCAAACGAAUAAAUUUGAAUUCUCUAAUGAUAUUCUAGAAUAAGAUAACUAAGUUUUAUUGGAAUUAAAGUAUCAAAAUUUCUUAGGCAUUUAAGGAAACAGUUUUAUUAACAUUAAGUAAUUUAAAACGAAAUAUUUCUUAAAUGUCCAAACACAAAAAAACAAAUACUUAAAUUCUCAAUUGAUUGAAAUUUUUAUUAAAGUUUCUAAUUGUUAAGAAGGAUUUACAAAUAAUGUUAGAUUAAACAUAUCAAUUGGUACUCUAAACAAGUAGGUUGAAAUAAAUGUGGGUGAACAUUAUAUCUAUAGGAUAGAGCCCUAUAUUCUGAAUGUGGGAGUUUAAUAGUUAAAUAUAAGAGUCUAUAAUCAAGAACAAUUAGAGGUAGAGGAUAACUUUUAGAUUCUCAUAAUGAAUGAGGAACCAACAAUAUUAUUAUUUACUGAAUCUAAUUAUUUAAGCUUUUCAUAACAAUUAGUCAUAUAUGGAUAAGUGAAAAAUAUUGAUUAGAAAAAUCCAUUGCUGAAAUGGGAUUGCUUUGAUCUUACUUAAAAUUUUGAAUGCUUAACUUUAAAUUAGGCCUCAUUGAUAUUACCUGAUUCUUAAAAUAUGACACUCCAACCUUAUACUUUAAAUCCCUUUUCGGUUUAUAAGUUUACAGCCUCCUUCUUGGAUUUACAAUAAUUUGUAAUCGUAACAUUAAUUGAAUCAAGUGUUCCAAAAAUUUAAUAUGAAUCAUACCCAGACAUAUCUGAUGGAUAUAUCAACUUUUAUGAUUAACUCCUAUUUAAGUUCAAAUUCCAAGAAAUAGUGUAAAACCCUGAUUUAUUAUUGUAUACAGGAAUAUUAUCAAAUUCGGAUUUAGAAGUAAAGCAUUUUUAAUUCAACUAUUUAGAGUUAUAAAUGAGUCUUUGGCAUUAUUUUACUAUUGAUUAAUUAACAAAAUAAAUGAUAUUAAAGAUUAACAUCCAUAGUCCUGAUUACUUUUAACCAUCUCAAGUUACUAUACCAUUAAAUAUCAAUAUCCCACCUUUACAAUGCAGGAUAGAUUUUGACUCUUAGAAUGCAUCUACAAUUUCGAAUUUUUCAAUUAAAGUAGCUGAUUGUUAAGAUGAUAAUAUUCCUUUGUAGUAUAGAUUGGUCCUUUAUUUUAAUCAAUCCGAUCUAAAUUUUGAUUAUUCCAUUAAUAAAAUUUAAAAAGGAAUUAUUUUAUUCGAUUAUUAAUAUAAUAAUAUAUUCCAAACCAAAUUGACAGGUAAUGGAGAUAUUUAAUUGAUGGUUUAAGUAAAAGACACUCUUAAUGGUAAGAGUAAUUACACAUGGUCAUUAAAUUUUACAUAUGUAUAAGGACAAUUAGCAACAUUGCUUAUAAAUUCUAUGUCAAUUUCUGAAACAUUAAUUUAUGCAGCCAGUUUAGAAUUUGAAGAGAAUUCAAUGUCUUUAGAAAUAUCAUAAGUUCUCUCGAAAUAAAUUCAGUACUUUUCUAGUGGCUAAUGCAUUUCAGAAAAAUAAUUGCUGACUUUAAAAACAUUAGCUAAAAGACAUAGGAAUUGGAGAAUUAGUGAUAUUUAAAACGAAUUGAUAUAAUAAAAAGAAAGAUUAAGUUCACUUAAAUAAGAGUUGGAAAACUUAAAUUAAAAUUAAUAUCAAAAAUAUGAGCAUACAUUAGAAGAAUUUAAAAAAGCAACUCUAUUGGAAGAAACAAUAGAGAUAGCAAAAUACAUUAGUGAUUUGUAUGAAUUAAAUAGAGAACAAUAAUAGAACACAAGAAUUUUGAUUAGUGAUGAGGAACAAUAAGGAAAACUCAAUAACAAUUACAUUGCCAUGGAUUCAAUUAAUUUAAUUAGUGAAAUUCAAUUUUAAAAUUAAAUCAUAAAUGAAAAAUUAUAAACAAUAGUUACAAAACCAUUCAACAUUUCCACCUAAAAAACUACUUAAAAAGUAUUGGAGUACUUGAUAAGUAAUUCAUUAAAUGAACCACAAGCUAUUGGAUAAGAAGAUCAAUAAGUUGAUUAAAAGUAAGAUUUGGAGACUUAUUCUUAUAAAAUGGUUAAAUACUAAACGAAUCCUUACGUUCAUGACUCCUAUUUUAUUAAUAAUAAUGCAGAUUCAUACAAUUACCCCAUGUAUUAACCUGAAAUUAAAUAAAUGUCCAACCAAAAUCUAUUAGAAAAUAUUACUACUUCUAAAGGUAUCAGAUAUAAUUUUGAGACUUAAGAUUAAAAUCUAAUAGUAGAAUGUGUGGGUAAAGUUAAAGAAAGUUGGAGUGCAGAUUCUUGUUCAACAGUUCAGGAAGGUAAAAAAGUAACAUGCCAAUGUACAUAUAUUUCUUCAACAACGAUAUUGGAAGCAACACAGAAAAUACUUGAUGAAGCAGUAGAUUUCUUUUCGGUUUAAACCAUUUAACGAAUGCUUGAAUGCUCAUACUUAUCAAUCAUAUUUACAUAUAUAGUGAUGAUUUACACAAUAUUGUUUCUUUGGUUCAUUCUCUAUGGGUACAAAAUGGAUAUGCACAAAAAUGAAGAAAACUUAUUUCAUUCAACCAAAGUUACUCCUACUGACUGGGACUAAGCAACAGAAAAACCUGCAAGGACAAUAAAUAUUGGAGAAACAGAGUCUGAAAAAUAAUAUCCAGUAAAUGAUGGAAAUAUGGUUAGGAGAUAAAGCCAAAAAAAAACUGUAUUUAAUUACAACGACAGCCACAUCACAACUAAUGAUAAAUACUUGAAGCGCCUUAAUGUUGAUUAUUAUAAUAAAACUUUGGCUGCCAGGAAAACAAUUGGAAUAACUACUAAUGCUUGUUCUGAGAGAGUCAUGGAAGAAAAUGAACCCCAAUUAUCUCCCAAAGAUAGAAUUCCUAGUAGCAUAUCCUUUAAAAUAGUUUCUUCCCCACUUUCAACUCCUAGAUAAUCAUAUUUUAAUAACUAAGAUUCUCUGUAUGAAAGGUAUACCACUUAAAGAAUUACCUUAGGCAAAGCCAUUCUAUCCUAUAUGGAAAUAAAUCAUAAGGUUCUUAGUUUGUAUUAUUUAUAUGAUAAGGAUUGUUCUAGAAUCUAUAGAACUAUCAUUUUAUAUGUGUCUUUAUUGGGGGAGAUCAGUAUUUUGACAUUUUUUGGGAAAAUCAUUAAUUUCAAUUCAAUAAUAGCACUCUCAAUUUUAUAAACCUUAUUUGGAGUCAUUUUUAGAAAGUUACUUUAAGUAUUUCUAAAGUCAGAUAAAAGAUGCAUUAAUUAUAUAGGGUUUAAUCUUGUAAUCUUAAGUGUAUUAUUCUUUUUAUUUAUGAUAUUUGGCAGUGUAGCUAGAUAUCAAUCAGUUUUAGAAUCUUCAUUAUGGGGAGUAGCCUAUUUAAGCAGUUUUAUAUUAGAUUAUAUAGUCUAUACUAACUUUCAGAUUCUUCUUUGUUUCUCAAUAAUUAUCAAAUUUGGGAAUUAAUAAACAGUUAAAAAAUAUUUAAAAAUGUUUUUGAAUGACAAGGUGUUUAUCUAAACGUUUGGAAGUUCAUGA